CUUCUUGCUUAUAGUUUUAUUAAUAUCAAAUGGGUGUUUUUUUCUCUUGUUUAGCUUCCCAUUUUCUUGCUUUUUGAUUAAUAGGGAAUUGUUGAUUUGUAAAGUUAAUGAUUUUAUGCUGAAUUUUGUUUAUUUCAUCAGCUGCCCAUGUGUAAUUAUUGGAUUUUUUUUGAUUGUUUAGCUUUCACUUAUUGAUAUGGUGUUUGUGACAUAUUUGUGAAGUGGGAUAGCUAUUAUGAAAAUUGUAGAUUGGUGGAAAAAACUGAUAUUAAUCUGUCCAGUUGCAAGCACAUGUCUUUAGUUUCUAAUCUUCUAAACCUGUCUUUGGGGCUUUAAUAUGUUUAGUGUACUUAAAUGUUAAUUGGCCUCCUCAGUCUGUCCCUAAAAAACAUUUGUGGACUUAAAGAGUGGAUCACUAGGAGAAAGGAGCAUUUUUGCUAAUACUUUGAGCCAAAAGGCUCUCGUAUUGCAUCUCAAGAUUUUGAAAGAGUUAUUAGCAACUCAAUGAUAUGAAGUUUCCUUGCCACCUGUGUGGAUGAGACCUUUUCCUUCUUGACGCAUAAUCCGGCCCGACUUCUAAGGCCUCAUCUCGAAGACUGGCUCAUCUUCUUCGGGAAUUUUUGGACUGUGUCAUGAAGCUAUAUUCUGCAAAUUAUGACUGAGGACAAUAGAGAUAUGAAAUUGGGGCUCCAUUUGAGUUAUCCCAAUCCAUCCGUGAGAACAAGGAUGAAAAUCAGUCCAGGUGCAGGUGUAAAUGCAGAUUCGAGGGUUGAUACGACUCUUGUGGAACACAGGACUGAGAAUAUACCUUCUUGCCCGUGGUAUGCAGGACCAAGCAAUAUGAUUCAGUCACCUACACCCAGCAUGAGAUCCAGAGGGACUAGUGACAACAAGUCCAUUGGUGACCGGAAUGUAACUAAAUUACAUGUUGAACUCACAGUUAAUAGUGAAGCUGGUCCGCUCUUUGCAUCGAGCCGAGCACACCACUCAGGCGCUGACAUGGUGGAAGGGAACCCUGUUCUAGAAGAAAGGGUGGUGCAUUUCACUAAGAAACAGGAAUGCAACUACAAAGAGCAAGCUUUAUGCUGUCAAAAUGAUGUCCAAUCUGAAGACGUAGCAAUAAGAGGUAAAACUGAUUCAGAUUCCCCUGCAGGUCAAAGAAUUGCAGAAGAUGUUCUGCCGCGGCUGGAAAAAAAUCCCAAAGAUGUAACUAGCACUAGAAUUGGAGAUGUUGCUAGUGGUAACCAAAUGUUGGGCAUAGAGGCACAUGGCUUGGGAAAUGCAGAAAUAGUAAAGAUCGAGUCCUCAGCUGACAAUGAAGUACAACAUGCGAUUGAGAACAAUGCAUGUGGACAGAGCGAAAAGGGAUCUCGAGUUGAGAGCAAAAAAGUGACAUUGUUUGGUAAGAAUAUUAAUGAAAAUAUAUCCAAAAGUGAAGAUGAUAGCCAUGACAGCGUGGAAAGUUCUAAUAGCAACACUUUUUCUUCGAAAGGAAAGAAACGGGAAAAUUUUGAAAACCAGUUGGUUGUUGGUAGCAAAAGAAUCAAAAGUCUACAAGAGGCUCCUGCUUUGACAUCUUCAAUAAAACCAGAUAGUUCUUUUGUGAACUGGAUAUCGAACAUGGUGAAGGGCUUAGCCAAAGUAAACCAAGAUGAGGGUCCUCUUCCUCUUAGACUCAGUCAUCCCAGUAAUAGGCAUAAUUGUUAUGAUCAGCAAAAUCAAGCUUGCAGUAAAAUCCAAGAUCCUGGAAGUGGACACAUGGGUUUUCAGUCCAUGUUCCGGUCCCUUUAUUGCCCAAAGACAAUAGACACCGAGAGAAGACCUUACCCCAAUCCUACAGUGUCAGGUACUAAAGAAAGUAUGGGGUCUCAAAAAUCAUUUAUUAAUGUAAUGCCGAUAUCAUUCUACAAAGAGAAUGAUGAAUCUUGCAAUAAGCUUCUUAUCGAUAUUAAUGAUUCAGACCCCCAUACAUCCGAGGGAAAUGGUGGAGAUCUAUCAAUUCAGACUUCAUCCCAACCCCGGGCUCUAUGUGCGAAUAAUGAUUCUACUCCAGAGACCUCGAAGACAAAAUCAAUAGAGAAGUAUAAUUCAACCAGACUAACAUGCAGCAACAAAGAAGAAUCACUAAGAUCUACUGAUACUUGGCUGGAUAAACAAAAAGCUGUGAGUAACAAGGACGAAUCUUUGCAUAUACCAUCCGAAAGCCAAGUGAUACGGAACACAUUUCCAGAAAGUGAUCUUUCUCGAAGCUUGUGGAUAACUCGGUUUUCAUCCAGGACUCCUCUUCCAGCAUUAGAUUUGGACCAUUGCAACGAUGCAAAAGUUAAGCUAGAAGACUCCUCUGGACUCGGAAAACAUAUUCCUUUGAAUCCCGUAAAUUCUAACUUCAGUCUGAAAAAUUCAGAGGCCGCAGAAAGCUUUGCUGACAAUCCCAUGAAUGCUGUGGGUAAGAAUAAAUUUAUAUGUCCUACCAAUGUUGAGGCUCCUAUUGGCGUCAACAGGGUUAUUGAACAUGACCAUGGGAAGCCUUUGCGUAAGAUGAAUUCACCACCCCCAACAUUUAAGAGUUUAGAACCAAUAGCUUCUGCAUUUGCUAGGAGACUGGAAGUCCUCAAGAGUAUACCUUCAGUUACACAAGAUGAUCCAACACCCUUCAGUGUUACAUGCCUUUAUUGUGGACAAAGUGGGCAUGGUUUAGUGAGUUGCUCGAAGGUCAAAAAACCUGAGUUAGUGGACCUUUUGAGAAAUGUUAGUGCACAUGCUGCAGCAAAAGGAUCUGCUCAUUGGUGCAUAAGAUGUCUUCAGCUAGGGCAUUUGGCCAUAUCUUGUUCAGCUGCAUCUUCAAGUAGACAACAAUCAGAUAAAAAUGCUCCCGUACAAAAUUAUCAGACCACUAAUACAAUUCAGCUUUAUAAGAGCGGUGAACCAUUUCCUAGUAUUUUAUUCGCGAAGGAGAAUCACUGCAAAGUCCCUAGUGACCAUAGCACUUCAAGUGUAAAAGUUUCCAAAACAUUGGGCUCAGAAAGAAGGGUGUCUUCUCGUGAUGGUGUUCAAAACGACAAUACAUCAGGUCACAAACAGCUUGUGGUGAAAGAAAUUCAAUUCGCUCCGCUCUGCAAAUCUUCUAGUAAACCCAUUACUGGUGAUGCAUUAAACAUAUUUGAAGCUGUUAGGAAGCUUCGGUUGUCUCGUACGGAUAUCCUUAAAUGGAUGAAUUCGAAAUCACUUGUACAUCUGAAUGGAUUUUUCUUGAGGUUGCGGCUUAGGAAGUGGGACACUAAACUGGGUGGCACAGGGUACUAUGUUGCAUGCAUUAAUGAAUUGCAUAGAGAAAUGAUGUUGAAAAGCUCUGAAAGAUCCAUCUUUGUCUGUGUUGGGGAUAUCAGAUGCUCUGUUGAAAGCCAGUACAUUUCAAACCAAGACUUUUCAGAGGAUGAGCUUCUGACGUGGUGGAACGCGAUUGCACAAAAUGCAAAGAUACCAGCCUUAGAUGAUUUAAGAUUAAAAUUUGAAGAGAAACAGAAGCUAGGAUUGUAGAUCUCUUGGUAUAUACUUCACAUUCGUACAACUAUGAUUAUUCCUUGGGUUCGGUUCUGUAAAUUAGGUUCCUGGUAGCUGAAGUUUGUGACUAGUAUACAUGUCAGAUAUCACAGUUUAUAUACACACAUAUAUAUAUUUAAACAUGUGGAAAUACGUUCGCUGUUUGUUCAUCAGUAUUUAUUUGAAGUUGUAAAAGCUAUUGUUUGAGUUUGUACAUCAUUUAGACUAAUGGCAACCUUGAUUGUCAAUUUAUGCAUAGGUUUGGAAGGUAAUAUGUACUCAUUAUUUUUUGAUAGUCAGUACUGAAUACAAUUGAACUUCUGAACUUA